AUGCUCAUCAAUUCCGGCCUGGAAGACCCAAUCAUAGCGGCCAAUACUUAUCUGGAGGAAAGUUUGGACAGUCUCCAGUCAGCUGGUGUCCUCCAUAGGAGAAACAGGAUGACUAUAGCUGAACUGGUAGACAGUCUGUUGGAGAUCUUUCACAAUGAAGAUGUGUCUGAUGAUGACAUCUUCAGUACCGUGACUGAGGCAUGGGGAGAAAAUGAAAAGGACUUAGCAGGUCAAGGGGCCAAUGAUGCAGAUGACUCCGAUGAUGGUAUGCAAACUAUCUCACGUCCAGAAGCUCUUCAAGUGGCACUUCUGCUUCGUGCUUACACCAAGCAAAUGGACUCAACUUUUGCGCGGAAAAUGGAAGCCAUUUUGGCCCAGUUCGGAUCUGAAACCUGCCACCAAGCCCAAGGAUCACUCCGGAGCAGCACACUUGAUCGUUACUUCAAGAAGGUUGCAUGA